AUGUUUAUUCUCUAUGAUUCAACAUUAUUUAUUAUAAUUGUUAUAUUUAAAAAAAUUGAAACAAAUCAAUCAAAUAACAACCAAAAUAAAUAUUCUUCUAUUAUUAUUAUUAUUAUUAAUAUGUGGUUUAUUUCACGUUGUAUAAGUAUUGAUUCACUGAAUUCAUGUUUUCAGCAACAAAAAAAUAAAAUAAGUCAUGAUUUUUGUUUACGUAGAGAAAAACCAGAUAUUUUUACAACAAGGAAUGAUGAAAAUGAUUGUGAACCAUUAGCUAAAAAAUCUACACAUAAUAAUAAUAAUAAUAAUAAUACUAAUCAUCAUCGUCAACAUAUUCGUCGACGUAUACCAAAACGUUAUAGUAAUAUUAUUGGUUCAUUUACAAGAAAAAAUUUUUCAUUAGAAAAAGAUUCAAUUAAUCGUGAAAAACAAACUAUUCUUCCAUUAUUUCAAUCUAAUCAUUUUUCAACAACAAAAACAAAAAAUUCUCGUCAUCAUCAUCAUCAUCAUUCAUUAAAAUCUAUAAAUGAAAAAAUUUAUUGUUUUAAUAAAAAUAAAAAAAAAUCUCAUGAAAUAAAAGAUCAUUAUUCUAAUCAUACAAUAAAACAUAAUAAUAUUCUUGCACAACGUAUGCAAGCAGCAAUGAGUAGUGAAUUAAUGAAUUCACUUGAUCGAAAUUUUGUUUUUGGUUAUAAUAAACAAUCAACAACAAAUUCUAUUAUAACUCGUUCACAUUCAUUUGAUAUUUGUACAUCUUAUAAUGAUAAAUCUGAUGAAAUUUCUUAUCAUAAUUUUAAAUCAAAAAUUAAAAAUAAUUUUAAUAAAGAAGAUAUUUCUAUACAUGUACCAACACCUGAUUAUGAUGAACAAAAUGAUGAUAUUAUUAUACAAACAUUAAAUAUAGAAAAUGAUAUUAAUGAAGAACCUAUUAUUGAUUAUGAUGAUUCAAAAUCAAUUAUUAAAUAUGAAUUAGAUGAUGAAUCAAAUCAUGAAAUUUUAUCAUCAUUUAUUAUUCAACAAAUAUCAAUAAAUAAUAAUAAAGAACAAAUACCUAUACCACCACCAUUACCUAAUCUAGAUAAUAAACAAAAGAAAAUAACAUUUCAUUGUCGUACUAUUGCUGAUAAAUUAUCAUCUGAUCAUAAACUUAUUCUUAAAGAUGAUGAUGAUGAUGAUGAUGAUGAUGAUUUAAAACAAUCAGAUUCAUUAAAAAUAUCUUAUCAUAAUAUAUCAAAAGAUUUAAUAUUAAAUAAAAAUUCACAAUCAUUAUCAUAUACAUAUUCACCUGAUGAAUCUAUAUCACAAUUAAUUAAUCAUGAAACAAAUUUAAAAAUAUUAUGUCAAAAUCCAUCAAUAACAGAUGAACAAAUUCAACAUUGUUUAUCAUCAUCAUCAGUAGGUACAUCAAUUGAUAUUGAUUAUGAUGACGAACAUCGUUCAUCAUCAUCAAAACUUUAUAAUGAUUAUAAAAAACAAACAUCAUUAAUAAGUAUACCAACAAGUACAAUUCAUAGUCAUUCUAUUAUAAUACAACCAAUGCAUACACAUUUUGGAUUACGUUCAUCAACAUCAUCGACAUCAACAAAUGAAAAAUUAACAGACAUGACUUUACCAAGCAAACAAAUGAACGUGUGUGUUAUUAAUCAACUAAAUGAACAUUUAUCAACACGUUUCCGUAAGCAACAGCAAGAUUUAUGUUCAAAUAAUUUUAAUAAUUCUGAUAAUAAUAAUAAUAAUUAUCAAAGUUACAAUUCAUCACAAGAACAUAUGUCGGAAAAUAAUAAUAAUAAUAUUCAAUUAAAUAUUUAUAAUGAAUCAAAAGAUGUACCAGUGACUAAUUCAAUAUAUUCAUCUUCAAUACCUCCACCACCACCACCACCACCACCAUUACCUGUUGAUGGUUUUCAUUCCAUAAUACCAACUAUAAAUCGUUCAACUAAUAAUUAUCAACGAACAUCAAUUAUGACAUUACCACGUGAAAUAAAUAAUUCAACUAUACCUUGUAGUACUGGUACAUCAACAAUAUCAAGUAAUUUAUCUGAUACACGAAUUUUACGUGAAUUACGUGAAAAUCCAUUAUUUACACGUGCAAAACAACAACUUGAAAUUGAACCUGGUUCAAAUGGUCGACGAUCAGGUCGUCGAUUAAUUGGAUCAACAUUAAAUAUAACAAAUACUGAAACAGUAUCAUAUAUACAAUUAGAUAAUUAUACAAAAACAAAUUUAAAAAAAUCAUAUGAAACAACAACAAAUCCACAACAAUUAGAAACAAUAAUAAUGCUUCCUAAUGAAUUAAAUUCUAUACUUGGAAAACGAACGAAAUCAACAAAUGAUAUUAAUCAAAUAAAAUCUCGUCCAUGUACAAAAUCAUUAAUACAAACACAAUGUCGACAAUCCGAACUUGAACUUAUUUUUCAAAAACGUGCUCAACGAAGCGAACAAAAUUUGAUGUGA